UUUAUUUCUUUUUAAAAUUAGUAAAUACAGUUUUGCAAUGAAGUCACCGAUCAAUAAAUCGAAAGAUUAUUUACCAUUAGUGAAAAUCAAUAUUCCUCACGCUGCCCUUGAAUAAAAUUUAAAACGUAAUCUAAUUUACUUACACGUGAAUAGAUAGAUUUUAAUGAAUGGGUGCUAUGUGUGAAUCUCUCAAUCGCCAUUACUAUCGCUCUUUAUUGUCGUUAGCAAGAUGCUAUAACGUGUUUUAAGAAGUGUGUAAUAAGUGGAUUGAUUUCUCAAGAUAGUGGAUAUUAAUUAUUUCGUAAAUAGAACGCGGGUUUCUUUCAAUUUUGGCGGGAUAGCUGGCACGUUUCGGUAACGUUGAAUGGCGGUCUGUCAUCUGUCGUCGGUGGACUCGGAGGCCUCAAGUUGGGGCCCUGAACACCGAAACUAAGUUCAUGUCUUGCAAUCUCGUAUUAUUAAAUUAACAGUGCCUUUGUGAAAUCUAUAGUAGGGGUCGUUCGAUGUGGACGUUGGAUGAUGCGUCAGGAAUAGGCGCAUCGGCUAUGGAUGGGAGACGCGUGAGUCCACACUACGAGGCGGGAUUCGAUUCGUGUGAUCCUUUGGGAUCUGUGUUGUGGUCAGGAGGGUCGGGGCGAUCGGCGGGUCGCGUUCUGCGCCGCCGCUGUCGCAGCGAGGGCGUGGAUCGCUCGCCCUACGAGGAUGCGUCGCGGGAGCCCCUGAGAUCGGCAGACGGCAUUCAGCGGCACCGGGCGCAGCCCAACAAGAGUUUCUUUACGUUGAACAACUCGCCUGAUAGGUACAACCACGAGUGCACACUACCAAGAGCGCACAACGGUGAUUACCUCAUGGCUCACGAACAAAAUAGACACCAUGGUUACCAGCCAGGUAGAGCAAUGUUCAAUCGAACAAGCCCUAUCAGACCUUUAAUGGUGACAACAUUAUCAAAUCCUAAAUUAGAAGAACCUAGGCUGCCAAAAGUAGAAGAACUCAUAGAGAAAUUAGAUCAUGACAUGGUAGAAUACACUGUAAAACAACCUUUAAAAUCAAUACUCAAUAAUCCAUUACCAAAGUCUCCGCCACCAGUUGGUAUACUCAAGAAACCAAAGGGACGGUCAUAUCAGGAGCCCAGAAGUACUGUAGAAGGCCGCAGACGACAGAGAGCUGCUAGUGAAUCUGACAAUAUGUAUACAAACUAUACUAAUCUUGGUGCACCCAUACCUGGCUAUGAUAGCCGUCUGUCCUAUGUCUCGAACAACACCAAACGUCUCAAGGACAACUCGGGCUGUGGGUACUCGUACGGCACGGCGCUAGCAUCGCUCAGCGCGACCCCUCGCACUAAAAGCCCGCCCGUUCCAAGGAGAUGCGCUUGUAAAGACGUGGUUCCUAAAGAGGAGACCAUGCAUGUGCUGAGGACCACUGCCAUCAACAACGAGCACGAUGAUGAUGUGAACCUACAGCAGUCUCCAACCCCCACUUGCCCGGCCAUCAGCCCGGCCCUGCCGGUGAGUUCAGUGACCUCAAUGCCGGUGCCGAAGAAGGUCGUCAAGACCGGCAAGAAAAAGGUCAAGUCGAAGAAGAUCAAAGUUCCAAAAGUCGCUCAUACCGUGUGUAACCAUGGGGAAGAUGAGGCAGAUGACGCCAGUCGUUCCCCGUCCCCUGACGGUAACAUCGACGGAGUCUGGCAGAUGGAAACGGACAUCAUAGACGUACUGAAAGAUAAACCUCCGCCUAAACUCGAUUCCGUCGAAAGUUCGCCCUCCGCCAAACUUACCCCGAAGACCAACGGGGUUAGUCCGCCGAAGAAACUUCCAGAAGCGAAAGCUCCAGAAAAAAAACCGAUAAAAGAUGACAUGUUCUUCACCGCUUUGCAUACAACGAAUCCCUUCAAAUAUACUCCAAGUUGUAAAGAAUCACCUCUCUGUAUACCAGAGGUUGCCACAAACUGUCUACGCCAGUCCCUCUUCCCCCGCGUGCCGCCUUACCUCAAAUUCGUGGGUUACGACGAGGCGACAGCGCAGAAGAUCCCCGCGCCUAUACAGAAGCACCUCAAGUGGAAGCUCACUAGUAUUACUCCUAUAGUUGUCAAGAAAACACUCACUAACUCGGGCUUCCGGCUUGUUAAGAGCGAGUGUGAUACGGCUGAAUGUCCUCAAGAAGAAACGGUAGAAUGGAUCGGUAUAUGGGGCAAACACAUGAAGUCCCUUAUGUUCAGAGCGAUAAAAGACGGCCAGAAAAUGAACCACUUCCCGGGAACCUUCCAAAUCGGCCGCAAAGAUCGCUUAUGGAGAAACCUGCAGAAACUAGUUGCCAAGUUUGGCGACAAGGAAUUCGGUAUCAUGCCCAAAUCGUAUGUCCUGCCGCAUGACUUGAAGCUGUUGAAAUAUGACUGGGAAAAGUAUGCCGCUAAUAAUGAAAGGUGGAUCAUCAAACCGCCGGCAUCAGCCCGCGGCACAGGCAUCAAAGUGGUUUCCCGCUGGACGCAGAUCCCCAAAAAGCGGCCGGUGGUCGUUCAGCGCUAUGUGUCCAAACCGUACCUCAUUAACGGCAACAAGUUCGACAUGCGGUUGUAUGUGCUCGUCACGUCCGUGCACCCGCUCAGGAUAUAUCUGUUCAAGGACGGCCUCGCCAGAUUCGCGUCAGUGAAAUACAAUGACGAACUGACGUCACUCAACGAUAGGUACAUGCACCUAACCAACUACUCAAUCAACAGACUGUCCAAGAAUUACACGCCCAACGAAGAUUUCGCGGCCUGCGAGGGCCACAAAUGGACACUGCAAAGCUUGUUUCAAUACCUGAAAUCUGAGAAAAACGUGGACGUUGAUGCACUAUGGAGCUCGAUGAAGGACCUCGUUAUCAAGACUGUGAUCUCCGGCGAGGCUAGCAUAAGUUCGCUGACGAAGGCCAACAUUACCUCGCGGUAUAACUGCUACGAGCUAUUCGGGAUCGAUGUACUGCUGGAUGAGGAUCUGAAGCCGUGGCUAUUGGAGGUGAACAUCUCGCCGAGCCUGCACAGCGCGUCGCCGCUGGACACGCACGUGAAGGGCCCGCUGGUGCGCUCCGUGCUCAACAUCGCGCAGUUCCAGGUGCCGCUCAAGGUCAACCUCGAAAUGCUCGUCAGGGAGCGCCCGCACAAACUGGGUGGAUUACCUUACGACAGCAGAUUAUACACAGUGUAUUUAUCAAAAGAAGAAAGAGACAAACACAUUAUUUACACUAAUAUGGAAGAAAGAGAUUUGUACUUACGCGACAUCUUAUCAACGCUGACGCCCGACGACGUGCGACACCUCAUCCAAGCCGAGGACGAGCUCACGCAGUCCGACGACAUGGAGCGGAUAUUCCCCACAAAGAACACCCACCACUACCUCAACUACCUCAGCGGGCCGCGCUACUACAACCGCCUGUUCGACGCGUGGGAGACGCGAUACGGCACCAACCGGGAAGCGGGUGUGGUACUCCUGCGCAACCUGUGCGACAUCGGCUACCACCUGGAGGUGCCGCCCGUGCCUCUGAAGGGCAAAUCCGGAGUUAGCGUGGUGAGAAAAGUUUUUACGAUAAUCGAGCAUGUUUUUACUAUAUUUCUUAUAUCGAUCAUAUGCUUUGAUAUAAUAAGUCAGUUUGUAACUGGAUCACGACUCACGACGCAAAGCGGCAUUGUUUUUCGUUGAUUUUUCAUUUGGCGUCUGAAAGUGUGAUUUAGGUUUUAGAUAACGUGUUUUUAAAAAAAAUGUCCAUCGAGGUUGGUUAUAUCGUAUCAAAAAAAAAACAGGCGAAUUGAGAACCUCCUCCUUUUUUGAAGUCGGUUAAAAAGAAAAGGUAUAAGUUAUACAGCAGGGAACAGUAGACUUGAGUAUGUAUGCUGUUUAAUUUAAAAAUCGACACCUCUACACAUUACGCGUUCCCAAGAUAAAGGAUAUUGACUGACAUACGGACUGAUGGAUAUGUAUAUCAAAGCUUGAGAAACAAUUGAGCUACCACUCGAUAGACAUUUUUUUACAGUUUGAAAGAUUGUGCGUGCGAAAUAAUACGAGUUUUAGGUUAGUUAAAUCUUGAAAAGAGUUUCCAUGGCCUGCUGGAAAGCCCUUUGUGAAAACAAGGUUAUUGAAAUGAUGACUUGGAAUCUCUUUUUCUUAAAAUUAGGAAUAGAAGUAAAACUGCACAAUACAUACUCAGUUUCACUUCAGCAUUGUUUGGAGGGUGCUUUGACAGUUGAGCUCUAUAAAAAAAAUCCUUAAUCAGAUAACUGUCAAAUAAAAUUACCCUUCAAGCAAUAUUUUUUCAAUCAGCGUUGCGUCAAUAAAGUAGCGGAUACAUCUUGAAGAACUUUUUACACUAUCAUCAACAUUAAUUCAUUAUUUAUUUGUUUAAACUGUUUAUUGACUGGUCAUCAGGGCAAAGUGACAAGUGCGCUUAGGCGCGCCUACUUGGGUUGUAAGCACAUCGCCCACAGUAAGUGCGUAGAGAAACGUGUACAGUGGUACGCCAAGAGUGAACCCGAAAUAGAUUUUUUAUAUGUAAACGUGUCGGUGUACCCAAUAGGGAUGCUAUAGACCAAUAGAAGUAAGACGUUGACGAUAGCAGUGGAAAUGUUGGUAAGCUAGACGCCUAGUUCCGAGGGGAAACUGUAAAGACUGAGUAAAUUACAACGUAAGCAAUCACACAUAAGUUCACAACAAACAUUUAAUUGAUAAUGAAUUUUCAAACAAUAAAAAAUACGUAUAUCUAUAAAAAUGAGAAAAUAACUUUUCCAAGUAAUCAAAUCUUAUGAUUGCAAGAAACAGAACAAGGCGUUGAAUUUAUUGAAAGAUACCGACUUAGUUUAAUUAUUUUCUUGUAACAAAUUCAAAUAAGUUGAUUGAUGUAAAAUUUGUAGGUAUUUUAUAACUACAGAGAUAUUUUGUGCUUCUUGUUGUAAUUCAUGACAAGUUAAUGCAUUGAAACAUAAGUUGUGAAAAUGUGUGUGUUCGCUAUCGUUCGUUUAUGAAGUUUAAUCACGUUACUAAUUUGGAAAAAAUGUCGUAUCUUGAACUGAACUGUAAACCGAAAUUGCUGUAACUUUGUAUGACUCGCGUACACAGUUACAUCAUUCAACUUUGAAGCGCAGUAUGAGAUACGAGAUUUUUUUCAAAGUAGUGAUAUUGUUUUCUCCGUUUAUUUUACUAUGCUAGAACGUUGUAACGAGGAUUUGUUCGGUUUCCAGCUAAAUAGUAUGUUUUAUCAAAACCUUGUUCAUUUAGGUAAAUUUUGUAAAUGUUUUAGCUCAUGGGAACGUUUCAAGAAUUUUGCAGUACGUGAAUCAAAUUGGCUUCACAUAUUUAUGGAUUAACAAGUUCCACAUCGCCUGAUAUUCUAAUUAAAACAGCUUUGAACAACAAGCCCAUCGCACUUUUAAUUACAGGAUAUGUCGUAAAGUAUUAUUCAACUUGCCGCUAUUGAAGCGAUAAACGCGAUCUUACUAUAUAUUAUUGCUUGCCACAAAGUCUUUAGAACAAGUUGGCAAUUAUAUGAAGCUCAUCAAGUCGUUUGAUUCGCUUACUCGCUACUCGAUGACGUUCGGUUGAAACAACUUAGACCAAACGCAUACUUGCGAGAUAUAUAGACCAACCUUUAAACUCUUGAAGCUUAAUGUAUAGCUGUACGUUGUUCGAUUAUAAAUGUAUUUGCUUUAUCUUAGACCCCUGUGUCAAUACUUCAACAAAACUUCAAGAUUAUAUUGGUAGUUGUUAAUCGAAAAUAGAUAAAGAAAUAGUUUUUAAUGUAUCUUUGACGAUAAAUACCAUAUGAUACCGUACUUGGUUACGCAUGGACCGAAUGAAUGUUAUACAGAAUUUUAUAUAUACAUAGAUAUUGGUAUAAUAAUUGCCUAAUUUGGUGCCUUAACCUUUUAUUAAACUUUACCCAUGUUACAGUAUUUAGGUAGGUGAAAUUAUUAUAUAGUAUGUGUAGAUUUAUAUGUAAAACUGUAUGUUGGAUUUAGUAAGCUAAAGCUGUAUGUUGGUUUUAGGUAGAUUUUAAGAUAAGACGCAACGUGUUAUUUUACCAGGUAAAACCAAAUUGAUUAUUAUGAAUAGAUUUUCAUAGCAAUUUAUCUAGUCGCUAGAAAUAGAAAAACAGAUUGUAUUAAUAAUCCGUAUCGGUAAUACUCUAAUAUUGUUACAUCAUUAUAAACAUUGGAAAUAAUUAUAGGUGAACAUACCAUUACAUUAGAUGACUAUUGUUUAGUAAAUUUAUUAUUUUAUUAUCUUUGUGAUUAAGAUAUUAUGUAUGUACUUAACAUUUAUUUAUGCUAUAUUCUAUGCUUUCGCUAUUUACUCAUUAUAAGCACUAACAUUCAUUACCUUUUUUGCAUGGGUUUGGAUAUGUUUUGUAGUUGAAAACGUUAAGAAAUUCAACUUCAAAAUACCUAAUUCAUUUCUUUGUUAUAUGGCACUUUCCACACCAUUAUCUUUUUUACGUCUAAUUUAAGGGUGUUUGUGUUUAAUGCACCAAUUGCAACAUCCAAGAAUCUGAUACACUGUCGCCAUGUUGUUGUUAAUAUUUUGGUAUACCUAUAUUAGGUGUAUCUAAACAGAGCAGUAGCAAUAUUUUUUUGCAUGAUAGUAUUUGCAACGAAGCGCUUCAACUUACGUAUUCAGUGCUUUAUACUCAACUAAAGACAUAUAUAUAACUCCGUAUAGACAGAUAAAGUCUAAGAAAAAAACGUACCUCAUUACCACACAGAAAAAGGUACGGUGGCCUAGAUGGCAUUACACCUUUGGGGUACGCUCA